AUGGGGAGAAGCAACCUAGUUAACGCCACCACUCCGGCAUCACCGUCGGCCGGCGGCCACCACGUAAAUAUGAAUUCUCCGAUUCCAUAUUUAUUCGGCGGUUUGGGCUUAAUGCUGGCGCUAAUCGCGAUGGCUUUACUGAUCUUAGCUUGCUCAUACAGAAAAUACUCCGACCGGUCUGCUCAAAACACUUCCGACGAGGAAAAACCGGCUAAACCGGUGAUUUUAUUGCAGCCCGAAAUGGAGCCGAAGAUUAAUCUUGUCAUCAUGGCCGGAGACGAGAAGCCUCGAUACUUAGCCAUGCCUGUCUCUUCUACAAACCAUUCUCAUCAACACCUUCAAGCUUAA